CUGCGCAGCUCGAGUGCGCCUCGGAGCCCGCGCCGGCGGCCACUGGACGCACGGACCCAGGGACAAACAUUCCCCGGAAGCCGCGCGGCAGUCGACAGGUGCCUGACAGACAUCCUUACCCCCAGGGAGCUGGUGUGGAUAGAGGAGAGAGCCUAGACAUGGAGGAGAAGGAUUAUGGUGAGGCCGAUGGCCUGUCAGAGAGGACCACACCCAGCAAGGCUCAGAAAUCACCCCAGAAGAUUGCCAAGAAAUACAAGAGUGCCAUCUGCCGGGUCACUCUGCUUGAUGCCUCCGAGUAUGAGUGUGAGGUGGAGAAACAUGGCCGGGGUCAGGUGCUGUUUGACCUGGUGUGUGAGCACCUCAACCUGCUGGAGAAAGACUACUUUGGCCUGACCUUCUGUGAUGCCGACAGCCAGAAGAACUGGCUGGACCCCUCCAAGGAGAUCAAGAAACAGAUCCGGAGCAGCCCCUGGAAUUUUGCCUUCACAGUCAAGUUCUACCCCCCUGACCCUGCCCAGCUGACAGAAGACAUCACAAGAUACUACCUGUGCCUGCAGCUGCGGGCAGACAUCAUCACAGGCCGCCUGCCCUGCUCCUUUGUCACGCAUGCCCUGCUGGGCUCCUACGCUGUGCAGGCGGAGAUGGGCGACUAUGAUGCUGAAGAGCAUGUGGGCAACUAUGUCAGCGAGCUCCGCUUUGCCCCUAACCAGACCCGGGAACUGGAGGAGAGGAUCAUGGAGCUACACAAGACAUACAGGGGCAUGACCCCAGGAGAAGCCGAAAUUCAUUUCCUAGAGAAUGCCAAGAAGCUUUCCAUGUAUGGGGUGGACCUGCACCAUGCUAAGGACUCCGAGGGCAUUGACAUCAUGUUAGGCGUCUGUGCCAACGGCCUGCUCAUCUACCGAGACCGGCUGAGAAUCAACCGUUUUGCCUGGCCCAAGAUACUCAAGAUUUCCUACAAGAGGAGUAACUUCUAUAUCAAGAUCCGGCCUGGGGAGUAUGAGCAGUUUGAGAGCACAAUAGGCUUUAAGCUCCCAAACCACCGAUCAGCCAAAAGACUGUGGAAGGUCUGCAUUGAGCAUCACACAUUCUUUCGGCUGGUCUCGCCUGAGCCUCCACCUAAGGGCUUCCUGGUGAUGGGCUCCAAGUUCCGGUAUAGUGGGAGAACUCAGGCACAGACCCGCCAGGCCAGCGCCCUCAUCGACAGGCCUGCACCCUUCUUUGAACGUUCCUCCAGCAAACGGUACACCAUGUCUCGCAGCCUUGAUGGAGCAGAAUUUUCCCGCCCAGCCUCGGUCAGUGAGAACCAUGAUGCAGGACUGGACAGUGACAAGAGGGAGGAGGAUGGUGAGUCUGCUGGGCGGCGGUCAGAGGCCGAUGAAGGAGAGGUCAGGACCCCCACCAAGAUCAAGGAGCUAAAGUUCUUGGACAAGCCAGAGGACGUCUUGCUGAAGCACCAAGCCAGCAUCAAUGAGCUCAAGAGGACCCUAAAAGAACCCAACAGCAAACUCAUCCACCGGGAUCGAGACUGGGAGCGGGAGCGCAGGCUGCCCUCCUCACCUGCCUCCCCCUCCCCCAAGGGCACCCCUGAGAAAUCCAAUGAGAGAGCAGGGCUGAGGGAGGGCUCAGAGGAGAAAGUCAAACCACCACGCCCCAGGGCUCCAGAGAGUGACACAGGAGACGAGGACCAGGACCAGGAGAGGGAUGCGGUGUUCCUGAAGGACAACCACCUGGCCAUUGAGCGCAAGUGCUCCAGCAUCACGGUCAGCUCCACAUCCAGCCUGGAGGCGGAAGUGGAUUUCACGGUUAUCGGUGACUACCAUGGCAGCGCCUUUGAAGAUUUCUCCCGCAGCCUGCCUGAGCUUGAUCGAGACAAAAGUGAUUCAGAAACCGAGGGCCUGGUGUUCUCCCGAGAUCUCAGCAAGGGGGUCCCAAACCAGGAUGAUGAGUCUGGGGAAAUCGAGGACAGCCCGGAUCGAGACGCCUGCUCCACUCCGGAUAUGCCCCAGUUUGAGCCAGUGAAAACAGAAACCAUGACUGUCAGCAGCCUGGCCAUCAGGAAGAAGAUUGAGCCAGAGGCAGUACUGCAGACCAGAGCCACCACUGUGGAUACCACCCAGGAGAACAGUCUCAAGUCCGGGAAGGGGGCAGCUGCCAUGAUCCCAGGCCCACAGACGGUGGCCACGGAAAUCCGUUCUCUUUCUCCGAUCAUCGGGAAAGAUGUCCUCACCAGCACCUACGGCGCCACUGCGGAAACCCUCUCAACCUCCACCACCACCCAUGUUACCAAAACUGUGAAAGGAGGGUUUUCUGAGACGAGGAUCGAGAAGCGAAUCAUUAUUACUGGGGAUGAAGAUGUUGAUCAAGACCAGGCUCUGGCUUUAGCCAUCAAGGAAGCCAAACUGCAGCAUCCUGACAUGCUGGUAACCAAAGCUGUCGUAUACAGAGAAACAGACCCAUCCCCAGAGGAGAGGGACAAGAAGCCACAGGAAUCCUGACCUCUGUGAAGAGAUGCUGGCAUAUCUGGUCCAAUCCAAGCCAGAGAACCAUUAAGAAGGGGCCUUCAGUCUGAAUUCUCCGACUCAACACCGAUGUCCCAGCUGCGACAUACUGUCACUGAUGAGAGACUGGGAAAGGAAAAGCAUAUAUAAAUAGAUAUAUAUAGAUAUAGAUAUAUAUACAGGAAACACCGCGUCCUUGCACUGCUGCUGGGGCUGGCGGAGCAGUCAGUGACACAACAGCUAACAGCUGAACACCUACAUUUUCCUUUGCAGACAAAUUGAAGAAUUGGUGGGAGUUUUCAAGAAAGAUCAAAUAAAAUUAUGACCUCGCUCCCCAAUUGUCCUGCCAAGUGACAAAAGCAAGCCAGACCGUUAUGAUUGUAGAAGUACAAUAGGACUCUGGUUCCAAACGUUACAUUUAGAGGACCAGCCUUCCAUUUGCUCUUCUCCAGCAUCUGUGGCCCACUUGAAUGCAAAGGAAAACACUUUUGCAGCAAAGCAAGAGAAGUCGCAGCAGCAAGACACGCACAGUCAAACAUUUUUUCCAAGAAAGGAAAUCCCCUACUUAGAAAGGAGGAGGAGGAACACUGGAUUCUUAUUUUUCGGGUCUUGACACUGGGCUGCAAAAUUUGCCUUCCUUUCUACCGCUUUCCCUCGACUCUCACGCGUCUUGUUGUCAUUUUCUGUCUUGGCUCCCUCCUCCCUCUUCCCCCACUUCUUAUCCCUCACCCUCUGUGUCCUGGGCCUACUGCGGAGCCACCGCAGAUGACUCUGAUUGGAAACAAGAAAAAAAGGAAAGAAAAGAAAACAAGAACAGAAAACCAAGCCACAGAAGGGAAGUAGACAUUGUACGUUUAUGGUUUCUCAUUACGAAGGUGCAGCUGUAGGAGAUUUGUAUGGAUGUGCUUUUAAGUUAUGUAUAUUACAUAUAACAGGAAACAAAUAUUAAAAUAAACAGUGCUGGUAAGUAUGAA